AUGCCAGGGCCAAAGCCAAACGGGCAGAGAGUUGCAAGCUACAAGCGCAUCAUUCUAUGCGCUGACGGCACAUGGCUUGCAUCAGACCUGGGUACUAAAGAGGUGCCGAGUAACGUCGCUACUGUAGCCCGCACGCUAUCGCCAACAGGGUCGAACUCAGAAGGUGAACUCGUUCCCCAGAUUGUGUUCUACCACUCCGGUCUCGGCAGUGGUGCUCUACCCCUUCAGAAGGCUAUCUCUGGUGAGUGUAUCCCAAUCCCCUCGAGACAAGGUCGGGGCACACGGCUGACAAAGUUCAAAGGUGGCCUUGGCUGGGGCUUGGACUUAGACAUCUGUCAGAUCUACGAGUUCAUAGCCGAAAACUACGAGCCAGGAGACGAGCUAUUCUUCUUCGGCUUCUCGCGAGGCGCCUUCACGGUGCGGUCCGUGGCCGGGCUCGUAUGCGAUGUUGGCGUGCUGUCCAAGGUCGACAUGGCCCACUUCCCAGCCCUGUGGCACGCCUACCAGAACAAUCAGAGUGGCCAGCCGUUUGCGAGUUCUCCUUGGUACCAGGAUAAUGCUCAAAAGUUCCAUCUUUCGAGUAAUGUACGCAUCAAAGUCAUCGCGGUGUGGGAAACUGUCGGCGCUCUGGUCAGUAUACUUCCGGCCUUGAUGCGAUCGAUCUUUUCAAGGACUAACGCAGAGCAGGGCAUUCCAGAAUGGCCUCUGGUGAAAGCCUUGGAGAAGAUAGGGGUUCCUGUCAACAGUGAUUUGAAGUUUUACAACACGAACCUAUCACCAGGGGUCGACUAUGCAUUCCAAGCUCUUGCUCUUGACGAACAGCGCCUCACGUUCCCCCCAACAAUGUGGCACAAGACAGAGAAGGCUCCUGCGAUAGACUUGGAGCAAUGCUGGUUUCCUGGUGUCCAUGCUAAUCUCGGCGGGCAGGGAGAGAUACCUGCAAGCCAGAGCGACCACGGUGAAAUUGGCAACAUCAGCUUUGCAUGGAUGGUUGAUAAUGUUGCCGGCAUGCUGACUUUCAACGGUGACGCCAUCGACAAGUUGGUGAAACAGCACCAGCACGCUUUCACGAUCAACGCCAUCCCUAACGGCUGGGGUUGUGGCCCCAUCAUCAGCGACUUUGCUGGCGUCCAAGGUGCCUUCUUCCGCCUCCUCGGCCAGCAAGAUCGCACGCCCGGGAACUACCCGCGGGAUCCAGGCGACGGCCAAGGCGGCGCGACCAACGAAUCGUUCCACCCUAUCGUUCGGUUGCGUAAGAGAAAGGUCCCCGCCUGGACGCCCAAAUCCAUCCAGGACUGGUCGCUCAAGGAGCCUCACGGCGGGCAAGGCUGGUCGUGGUCUAGGAUUGGCUUACCGCCGAUGAGAGAGUGGUCCCUGCGAAAGGAGAAGAUGCAUCUGGCGGUCAAAGUGGACGGCUUGACGAGGUUCGAGGUUGGGGAGAGUCUCUCGAGGAGACUGUGUCCGCCGGAUAUACUGAUGGCUCUAGACAGGGAGCAGUGAGAAGACUGCCACCUUUAGAGACUGCUGGCUAUGGUGGCGUUUUUGCAAAGCUUGAAGAUAGG